AUGUCCCUGAAAUCUAUUUUCCCAAAAACAGGAAUCAACUUGCCAAAGCCACCAGCCAAUACAUUACUUUUGACGUCUACUCAGCGUCUCCACUCACAGAUACUGUCUGGUGGGGCUUCACACUCCAUGGGAACACAGAACGCAUCCCCAGGUUCAGGAACCAUUCCAACAUCGACCACUUUGUCGAAAGAUAACCCCUCACCAGAUCAUACCCUAGCAAACGAAGAUUUUGACUUUCCUAUGAUUGAGACAUCAGCCAAGAAUACAGCCAGUCAAUUACCAGCUCCUUCAGGACGGCUCCAGAACGAUAUUCUUAUAAGCAUCGCGGAGCUGUCUGGGAAAUUGAUAAAUACACAGCAAAGUAGAUCUCAGCACCAAUCAAUCGUGAAAAACACAACAGCCACGCAAAUAAAGUUGAGUCGAGAUCUUACUGCCAAUCCUUGCGAGGAUUUUUAUCAAUAUACAUGUGGAGGCUGGCUUGACAGGAGUCGUAUCAGACCUGACCUGGACAGCAGGAGUGUUAAGUGGGAGCUGAUGGAGCGAGUAGACCACAAAUUACAUAGGUUGUUGAGCCAGUCUGUGAAAGUGCAACAUACACUAGCUGAACAGAAAGCCAUCACAUUCUACAAAUCCUGUAUAAAUGAAGGUUCAAUGGAAAAGUUAGGAUUGGCUGUUAUUAAGCCUCUGAUCAAAGAUGUUGGUGGCUGGCCGAUUCUUGAUACCAACUGGACUGACAGCAACUACAAGCUUGAGAAGAUGUUGUCUGCUGUUCGGAAAUAUACCAUAGAUACACCUAUAUUUAGCAUGAGUGUAGAGUCUGACCCGCAUUUCCCCGAACAACACAUAAUACACGUAGAACAGCCAGAUCUUGGCAUGCCAGAUCGGAUGUAUUACCUGGCAGACAAUCAACUCUUCAGGGCCUAUUUCACUUAUAUGCUUGAGGUCUUCAAGGCGCUUGGCGCAAACCCGGCAACAGUUGUACAGGACGUCAAAGACGUGUUAGAAUUCGAGACACAGCUGGCAAAUCUAACUGAAGAAAUUGACGAACACAACGAACACGCUAAUGAUAGAAGAAUGACGAUUGAUCAAUUGACACAGGCAUUUCCUGGGAUGUUACCGGAUUCGAAGUCUACAACCAUUCCCUCUAGAUGGCAGCAAUGUGUUGACAUUACAAACGAAGCGUUUAGUUUGGCUGUUGCCCGUUUGUUUGUGGAUAAGCAUUUCGACGCUGCUUCUAAACUGGAGGUUAUGGAUAUGUUUACAAAAACAAAAAUGUCGAUGAGAAGCAUGCUUCAACGAGAAUCUUGGAUGGAUCAAGCCACUAAAACUGCUGCUUUAGAUAAGCUAGACUCUCUGCAAGCCAGGAUAGGAUAUCCAGACGAGAUAAGGGACGAUUCCUUUCUGACUAAACGGUAUAGCAGAUGCAGAGUGACUCCGGGUUUGUUUUUCGAAAAUAUUCUUAACGUUAUGAAGGACGAGGCGGCUUCCAACUUACGUGACCUGACUACGCCUAGUAAUGUAUUAGACUGGGAGUCACCACCGGCUGCUAAAGAUGUCUUUUAUGAUCUCGAUCAGAAUGUUAUAGUGUUACCAGCUGGAAUAUUGCAGUCGCCUUAUUUUCAUAAGAACUAUCCAAGAUAUCUGAAUUAUGGAGCUAUAGGUUUCAUCAUCGGACACAAGAUCAUUCACGCUUUUGACGAUGUAGGAAGCAAAUAUAGUAAGACCGGUGCGUUCCAAGACUGGUGGUCUAACUAUACCAGAACGGCGUACGAACAGAAGGCGAACUGCUUCAUUAAACAGUAUCAUGGACGGACAGUUCCGGACGCAUUGACAGCGUCGACCUUGCCAAAAGAAAGCAAGUUAAAUGGGAAGUUGACAUUGCUAGGAAACAUUGCUGAUAAUGGCGGGCUAACUGAAAGCUUCUUGGCCUAUACACAAUGGUCUAGACAAAAUGGAUUUGAACAGAAACUUCCAGGAAUCAACCUGGAUCCUGAUCAACUUUUUUUCAUCAACUAUGGACGUACUCGGUGUGAAAAGACAACAACGGAAGAAGCGAAAAAGCGAAUCAAGAAUGAUGCUUUCGCAGACGCAAAGAGCCGUGUAAAUGUUGUUAUGCAAAAUAACCCGAGCUUUGCCAAAGCCUUCUCCUGUCCGGUGGGGUCACCAAUGAAUCCAGCGAAGAAAUGCGCAGUCUGGUGA